AUGGCCAAGGAGGACCGGUGGAAGACAGCUUUCCGCUCGGUUGUGGGGUUAUUCGAGUAUAAGGUCAUGCCCUUUGGCCUCAAGGGCGCGCCUGCUACCUUUCAGGCCAACAUCAAUGCAUACCUGCAGCCUUUACUGGGUCAGGGAGUCAUUGCAUAUCUAGACGAUGUCCUCAUUUACAGCCCCGACCUUCCCAGUCACGUUACCCUCCUCCAACAAGUACUACGUAUUUUCCUCGAUCAGCAAUUCUACCCGAAGUUCUCUAAAUGCAAGUUUGCGAAGCGGGAGCUUACCUACUUGGGCUAUACCGUUAGCGCGGAGGGUAUAAAACCCGCACCAGACAAGAUUCAAGUCAUUAAGGCGUGGCCCGAGGUGUUGCAGAACGAGACGCCCGAGGUGUUGCAGAACGAGACGCAAAUACGUCAGUUCCUAGGCACCGUUAACUAUUGCCGCAUGUUCAUGGGCCCGGAUUUUGCUAGGGUCGCCCGCCCACUCGUAGAUCUCACACGCAAGGGAGUCCCUUUCCAGUGGACAGACGCACACACUCAAGCGGUACGCCACCUCAAGCAGCGUUUGGUUGAUUACACCACCCUACAGAUUCCUGACACCACGAAACCCUUUGAGCUCUACACGGAUGCCUCGGGCUAUGCAGUUGGCGCGGUCCUCGAACAGGCCGGCCAACCAAUAGGGUUCCUCAGUCAGGCCAUGACCCCAACGCAGCAGAAAUACUCGAUUUACGACCAGGAGCUCCUGGCCUUAGUAUCUGCACUCGACAAGUGGGCACACUUACUGCGACCUGCCAAGGUCACGGCCCACACCGACCACCAAGCCCUUACAUACUUACAGCAACUCAAGGCGUCGAAGCCUCUUCGCGGCCGCACCGCCCGUUGGCUAGAUUUUCUGGCUGAGUUUCCCGGCCUCACUAUUACAUACCUGCCGGGUGCACGCAAUCAAGUGGCUGACGCACUGUCUCGUCUUCCUUGUCACUCUAGCCCCAGCCCUUCACCCUCCCCCAUCGACCCGCCGGAGACCCAUCCGGGGUCUCUUGCAGUUCUCGGGACUGGGACUGGCCCGCCCGAGCCAUCGCACCGGACCCGGGGAACACAUCCUGACUACCGCGGACUGGCCGGCCUCCGCCGACGUUCCUCUCGGAGGCGGACCCCCUCACCCCCGAUUCCACCACCCACCACUACGCCCGACACUACGCUCGACCCCGCUGCCGAGUCUUCCACGCCGGCAGACCUUAGACCUGCGCCGUCAAGAGGACAGGAGCUGACCGGCCGUCGCAUAAGAUUCACGGGCCACAAGUCACGCGGAAUAUUGUGA